AUGUCCUCUUUUCAACACGGCUAUGUGAAAGACCUUCUCAUUCAACCCCAAGCAACACGUAUGGGUUACACCAGACUUGGUCGCUCUGGCUUGAAGAUUUCCAAAAUCAUUCUUGGGGCCAUGUCUUACGGAAGUAAAGAUUGGCUUAAGUGGGUUCUCGAAGAAGACGAAGCCCUGCCUCUCCUCGAGCACGCCUUCAAAGCCGGCAUCAACACCUGGGAUACGGCUGAUCUUUAUUCAAACGGUGUCUCCGAAGAAAUCGUCGCCAAAGCGCUGGCUGUGUACAACAUUCCCCGAGAGCGCGUCGUGAUCAUGACCAAAUGCCGGUUCGCCACCAGCGCCCCAGGCGAGCCUCAACUCUCUGUCUUUGCUGCUUCCAUCAAUGAUGGGGAGAUGGUGAACAGAGCUGGACUGUCGCGCAAGCACAUCUUUGACGCAGUGCAAGCUAGUGUCAAGAGGUUGGGUACUUACAUCGACGUUCUGCAGAUCCAGCGUAUGGAUCCAGAUGUCCCGCGGGAGGAGAUCAUGAAAGCUUUGAACGACGUGGUGGAACUUGGUUUGGCACGAUAUAUCGGGGCUAGCUCUAUGCCCGCUUGGGAGUUUCAGGCGUUGCAAAAUGUGGCUGAGCGAAAUGGCUGGCAUAAGUUCAUUUCAAUGCAGAACUAUUAUAACCUUCUCUACCGAGAGGAAGAACGGGAGAUGAUGCCGUACUGCAAAGACGCAGGAGUCGGAUGUAUUCCCUGGUCUCCCAACGCACGCGGUGUUCUUGCUCGUCCCUGGAAUGGCCUUGACGAAAGGACUUCAUUGCGAACACAGUAUGACCAAACGCUCAGUCGACUCUACGAUCGAGAGAACGAAGCAGACAAGGCAACUGUUGAUAUAGUUGAAAAGGUGGCCAAGGCGAGAGGACUUCCCAUGGCGGUAAUCGCGACUGCAUGGUGCUUGCAUAAGGGAGUCAAUCCGAUCAUCGGCCUGAACAGCAAGGAGCGCAUUGAUGAAGCGGUGCUGGCUGCUGACAUCACUUUGACGGACGAUGAGGUUGCAGAACUUGAGUCGGCUUACCGACCGAAGUCUGUUACUGGAUAUUAG